AUGUCUGAAUUUCUCGGGUCUCGCAUUUCCCUCAUCUCCAAAAGCGAUAUUCGCUACGUUGGUACCCUACAUGAGAUCAACUCGGACGAGUCGACAGUGUCACUUGAAAAUGUGAGGUCAUUCGGUACCGAGGGUCGCAAGGGCCGACCUGAAGAAGAGAUUGCCCCCUCCGACCAAGUCUACGAGUACAUCGUGUUUCGCGGCAGCGACGUAAAGGACUUGCGGAUUGAGGAGCAUCCCAACAUCAAGGAGAACAAGCCUCCCGCUGUGCCAGAUGAUCCGGCCAUCGUUGGCGCUGCUCGAGCUCGUCCUGGUGCUCAAGGACCUAACCCCAAUGCUCCACCAGGACCUGGCGCAUUUGGUCAAGGUCCCUACCCACCCAACAACUUCUAUGGAGGCCCACCACCAGGCAACUGGGGUCGCGGCGGUGCUCCUCCUGGCCCUGGACCCGGCCCCAACUUCGGAAACAUGCCUUACCCUCCUCCACCUGGCUGGUUCCCUCCCGGCCAAGGUUUCCCAGGUGGUCCCGGUGGCCCCAACCCUCCCGGCGGUCCUGGACCUUGGGGCAACUACCCUUUUCCUCCAGGCCCUGGUGGCCCUGGUGGUCCCGGUCCUAACGCGCCCGCCGAGGUUCCUGCCAACCAAAGAGCGACUCCCAGCUCCGGUCCCUCUCAAGACGCGAAGCCAGCUCCUAUUGGACCUGGUGCUGAUCGGGCCAAGGCUGCUACUCCCAGCGGACAGAUGGCGCCUCCUACAGAGCCCAAGUCAUUGGCCCAAGGCGUACGACAACCUUCGCAUGCCCCGACACCUCCUGUCGACUCGAAGCCUUCAGCUGAAGAAGUUCAGCAGACUGCUGCUAUUCUAGCGGCCAACGGGCAAGUCAAGGCUGAAGAAGCCACAAAGGCUGCCCCCACUGGACCUAGAAAUCAUCGCGUUAAUCCCGUCAUUCCUUUAACCGGAUCUACUGCCAAGCCAUUCUCUCUGCCAGGUGUAGGAGGGGAGUCUGUUAGUAAAGCCCCUGCGGCUGUUGCACCCACCAACGUUCAGGAUGCGACCAGUGCUGCCCGAGCUGCUGUCGCAGUUGCUAUGGCUCAGUUGGGUAACGGCGGUGGCAACGCCAUGGAUAACCUGACCAACAAGGUUAACGAAAUGCGUGUCAAUGCUGUCCGAGGCGGACCCGCUGGUCGAGGUCGUGGUCGUGGAGGACGUCCCAUGAACAACGCCAAGGUUGUUGUGCCUGACUCUGACUUCGACUUUGCUCAGUCCAACGCCAAGUUUAACAAACAAGAUGCCGUAAAGGAGGCUAUUGCUGGAUCUCCUCUGGAGGCUCCCGAAAAUCUUGCUGUUGCUGAGCACCCCGAGGUCGCGACCACGGGCGAAGAAGUCCCCGUUGCCUACAACAAGACGAGGUCGUUCUUUGAUAAUAUCUCUAGCGAAUCCAGGGAGCGAACCGAAAAUGGAGGUCAGAAGCCCGGCGGUCGCGAAUGGAGAGGCGAGGAGCAACGCAAGAAUAUGGAGACAUUUGGACAAGGCAGUGUCGAUGGUGGUUACCGCAACUACCGUGGCCGCGGUAGAGGUCGAGGCCGUGGUGGUCGUGGCUAUGGUCGCGGCGGACGAGGUGGAGCCCGCCCCCAGUACCCCAAUGCACCCCCUCAACAAUAA